UUGCCUGGUUUAUCGUCACGGUGCGCCGCUAGCGGGCAACACAGCUUAGUGUACACAUCGGGUGCGGUUCAGUAAGGAUUAGACGUUUACGCACAGUUUGCGAACAAUUACCGGAAAAUGGGCGAGUGGCAAAACGGAUUGUUUGGAUGCUUUUCUAAUUGUGGCGUUUGCAUCAUAACAUAUUUUGUCCCGUGUUUGACUGCUGGACAAACUGCUGAGAAAGUAGGGGAGUCGUGUUGCCUGUACGGAUUUCUCUCAAUACUGGGACCCAUCGGAAUCUGGUCACGUGCAAAAAUUAGGGGCAAAGUGAGGGAAACGAAGGGUAUCGAUGGUUCCUUUGGUGGCGACUGCCUGAUGGCCUGGUUCUGUGGUCUAUGUGCGCUCGUCCAGGAGGCAAAUGAACUCGGUGGGGCAUCAAGGGAUGUCCAUGGUGCGAGAAUAGGAACCGGGAACCAUC